UAUCACAAGUAUCUAUCGCUGAGAAAGUAGACAUUCUAUUGAAAAAGGCAGAUGGCUUUUAUUAUGCUAUGAAACAUGAAAAACAAAGUAAUUGGCAUUCUUACAACAAUAUCUGAGAAGAAAUGUAAUAUUAAGAAUUAGACAUUGUCAAUGCUGGGAAUUCAGUCAUACGUGCCACAUGCAAUUAUUUAACCAAGAAGAAAUAAUGAUGUUCAACAUUUUGAUUUAUGGACUCACUUUGCUUGUGCUGGCUUCAACGGCCACAUCGAACUCUAAUGAGGAUGUACAGGUUCGGUUACUUGAUAAUCAAAAUGCUCCAUUAAUUGCCACCUUGGACAUGUCGAAAGCAAACGAACGUGUUAAGCAGUUUGUAAGUGAUGCUAUUGAAGCAAAAAUGAAAAAUAUAGAAGAGACUGUGAAAUCUAAGCAGUUUGUAAGUGAUGCGCUUGUAGCAAAAAUGAAAAAUAUAGAAGAGACUGUGAAAUCUAAGCAGUUUGUAAGUGAUGCACUUGAAACGAAAAUGAAGAAUAUAGAGGAGACUGUGAAAUCUAAGCUGUUUAUAAGUGAUGCAUUUGAAGCAAAAAUGAAAGAGCUGGAAGUAAAUUUGAAAUCACAAAUUGCCAAUUUUGAAAGGAACUUGACUGACCAGUUAACUGAUUACAUUAAUGAAAUGGUGGGCAAUAUAGCUGAAGAAAACGAAAAAACAGAAGAGCCCAAUCAACGUCCAAUUGAUUGCAAAGAUGUCAAAUUACAUAAAGGAAACGGAAUCUAUAAGAUAUAUCCCAAAAAUUUAGAGCCUGGGUUUGAAGUGUAUUGUGACUUUGAAACCGACAACGGCGGAUGGACGGUGUUUCAGAGAAGAUUAAACGGGAAGACAGAUUUUUACAGAGAAUGGGAAACGUAUAAAAAUGGAUUUGGAGAUUUGGAAGCGGAAUAUUGGUUAGGUAACCAAAAGAUACAUACAAUGACUAAGCAGGGACACUACGAACUAAGAGUAGACAUAUCCGAUUUUAAUGGUAACAAAGCUUUUGCAAGAUAUGCAACAUUCUCUGUAGGUGAUGCUUCUACAAACUAUAAACUAACUGUUACAGGCUACAGUGGGAAUGCUGGAGAUAGCAUGAUAUACAAUAAUGGUCAAGCGUUUACUACCAAAGACAAGGACAACGAUCCAUGGAUACACGCUAAUAAAAAAAAUAAUUGUGGAAUAUAUAAACAUGGUGCUUGGUGGUAUAAAAAAUGUACAUAUUCUAACUUGAAUGGGUUAUAUGUGGUAGGAGGAAAGAAUAGUGGUGAAGGAAUGUAUUGGUAUCAUUGGAAGAAUAACGCCUAUUCAAUGAAGUCUUCUGCAAUGAUGAUUAGGAGAUUGUAAUAGCAUAAGCAAGUCAAUUAAUAUUACUGCUACAAUAGAAGUUUCAUUUGAAAGAUUUCAUAUUGCAUUGUAUGAUAUUAUUUGUUUCUAAGCAGGAUAUCAAUGGAAGCUUUUUGCAUCUUGAGAAUGAAUUUGUCUAUUUUGACGAUCUUAAUUUUAGUAUAAAACUUGCU